AUGUCAUUUACUUCAGCACACGGAAGCACUCGGGCCAGACUCGGGCCAGACUCGGGCCAGACUCGGGCCAGACUCGGGCCAGACUCGGGCCAGACUCGGGCCAGACUCGGGCCAGACUCGGGCCAGACUCGGACUCGGGCCAGACUCGGGCCAGACUCGGGCCAGACUCGGGCCAGACUCGGGCCAGACUCGGGCCAGACUCGGGCCAGACUCGGGCCAGACUCGGGUAGCUCCAUCCAGGAGCUCGCCAACCUCCUUUCAGGUAGCUCCAUCCAGGAGCUCACCAACCCCCUUUCAGGUAGCUCCAUCCAGGAGCUCGCCAACCCCCUUUCAGGUAGCUCCAUCCAGGAGCUCGCCAACCUCCUUUCAGGUAGCUCCAUCCAGGAGCUCACCAACCCCCUUUCAGGUAGCUCCAUCCAGGAGCUCACCAACCCCCUUUCAGGUAGCUUCAUCCAGGAGCUCGCCAACCCCCUUUCAGGUAGCUCCAUCCAGGAGCUCGCCAACCCCCAUUACCUGUCGUGA